AUGGAACAAUUGCCAGAGACAAAACAGGUCAGUUUAUUGACCCGGGAAGCUCCUCCCGGGGAAUGGUUCGCUCGCUUCUCUUCCUUCAAUCACAUGAUUCGCGUGAUAGCUCGUUUGCGUCGGUUUAUGCUGGUUUGUAGGAAGAAGAGUGUUGAGGUGGGUUUUUUAAAGCAGUUCGAGUUGGAUGAUGCUUUACAAAUCGUGGUCAGAUGCUCCCAAGAAUGCUAUCUAAGCUCUUUAGUAUGCGGUCUACAAUGGGGGAGCCCGGUUCAGUCCAAGACGCUAGCUCGUCUUUGUCCGUUUUUGGAUUCGAACGGCAUAGUCCGAGUUGGCGGUCGUCUACAAAAUUCGAAUUGGUCAGAAAGGCGAAAACACCCAAUUUUGAUUCCGAAAGAGUCGCAUUUAGCUGUUCUAAUAACCCGGCAUUGGCACCUAUAUGCAUGUCACGCUCGACCACGGUUGCUUAUUGCUCUGGUUCAACAGCGGUUCUGGAUCAUGGGCAUUCGCCGGAUAGUUCAUCGGGUGAUUCGUCAGUGUGUGAUCUGUGCCAAAAUGUCAUCUGACAAUCCACAACCCAUCAUGGCUGCUCUGCCGGGGUUCCGGGUUCGAGAAGCUCACCCGUUUUCGAUUGUCGGCAUAGAUUAUGCAGGUCCCUUGCAAAUGAAGGAACUAAACUUGAGAAAGGCACGUAUCGUGAAAGUUUACAUUGCGGUAUUCGUUUGUAUGACCACUAAAGCAGUGCACUUGGAACUAGUGUCUGCCCUCUCGACUGAGGCAUUUCUCUUGACCCUAGAUAGGUUCGUGGCUCGUCGUGGCCUACCGACGUCGAUCUAUUCAGAUUGUGGCACCAACUUUGUUGGUGCGGCCAGACAGCUGCGUCAAUUGGUUAAUCAUCCGGAUAGUAGGGAUCAAUUAUCGGGUCAUAUUGCUUGUGAGUGGCAUUUUAACCCUCCUGGUGCUCCCCACUUUGGAGGAAUUUGGGAAGCCGCCGUUAAGUCGGCCAAGUCAUUGCUUCUUCGGGCUAUGAAUUCUCAUAUCUGGACGUUGGAGGAGUUCGCGACGGUUUUGUGUAGGGUAGAAGCCACUUUGAAUUCGCGUCCGCUGGUGCCAGAAUCAUCUGAUCCAAAUGACUUGGAGUGCUUAACACCUGGACAUUUUUUGGUUGGUCGUCCCUUGAUGGCUAUUCCAGAGCCUGUUGAUACCAGUCCGCAAUUGGGACUGCAGACUCGCUGGAAGCUCCUCCAGCAGUCUUUCCAGUUCUUUUGGCGGCGUUGGUCUCGGGAAUAUUUGAACACCCUCCAAGCUCGUGGUAGGUGGACGAAGACCGAAACCAAUCUCGAAAUUGGGUCUAUGGUUAUCAUUAAGACUAAUGAUGCACCUCCGCUAUCGUGGCCACUGGGAAGAAUCAUCGAGGUGUAUCCGGGAACCGAUAAUGUGGUACGGGUAGCUAAGGUGAUGACUAAACAGGGGGUGUUUACUAGACCAGUGGUAAAACUAGUUCCUCUACCCACAGAUCCGUAG